CAGUUUUCUUCUCUUGCUCCCUCUAAACAUGGCGGAGGUCAGGCAGCGUUUUGGAAAGGGAGCGUACGAUUUUGCACACAAGAUAUACAACCGACACCUUCUGGGAAGUCCGACCAAGCGAGGAACAAGUGCGGCACAGGCUUCGUCUCUGUCGGUGGGGUUUCUGCUGGGUGAUAUUAAAAAUGGCGAACUGUAUGGAGUCGAAAACGCUGCGCACAGAGUGACCGCUGGAGCUUCACAGGACGGUUACUCAAGGGUAACACCGGUGCUUGUAAACAAUAUUAGGGAAAAGGGAAAUGUCGCUGAAUAUUACUAUUGUCGCGGACUUAAACAAUAUUCACUUCAUAACGAGACUCAGGUUAAAAUUACAGAAAGAAAUCUCAAUCAGUGCCGGUUUAACGACAAGUUUCUAAGGACUUUCUGCACCUCCAGCCCAUACAGUCGGCGUUUGUGUUGGGGACAAGUACAGUUUGUGUUUACCAGGGAUUACAGUGGCAACGGGCCUCGGUCUGAGCCACUGUACAAAACCAAAAACGGCUAUUAUGAAAUCCUGGGGGUGUUACCUACCGCCACUCAAGCCCAGAUUAAAACAGCCUACUACAAGCAGUCCUUCGUCUACCACCCGGACAGAAACGCCGGUAGCGACGAGGCCACUGUCCGCUUCUCUGAGAUCAGUGAAGCCUACACGGUGCUGGGAAACAAGUCGCUGAGGAAGAAAUACGACCGGGGACUGCUCAGCCAGUCAGACCUCAUUGCGACAGCCAGACCCUCCUCCAAGGACAGCACCGGGAGCUCCGGGAAACAGCGGACCGAGAGCCGACGGUCCGUGAUGGGCGCGGACUUGCGAGGAGGCAUCUACGAUUUCGACAAGUUUUUCAAGUCCCACUACAACGAACAGCUGCAGAGGGAAAAAGACAUCCGAAACCGCAAAGAGGAGAUGCUGAAGGCGAAGAAGGAGUCGCUAGGCGAGAAGAAGAUGGACACGAUGAUGGAGAUUUGCUUUGGUCUGCUGAUGGUGAUGAUUGUGGGUGUAAUUUUCAGCUUACGACAGGGGUGAAUUAGGACGGUGUCCUACUUAAGGCUGUCCUCCUGCAGGCUGUUAACCAAAGACUGGUACAUGCACAGAGCUGUAACGGUAAUGAAACUAAUCCAUAACUGCAGACUUAAAUGUGCAUAGUAACAAGAAUGCAAGGAUGUACCACAUGACAAGUACAGGAUACUAAUGUGUUUUUGUUUUUUCUUUUUGCUUGGUGGUCCAGUCUUUGUCACUCAGAGGAUUCAGGGGUUGAUCUACGACCUGGUAGUGCUACUGUUCAACUCUGUUGGCUUUUAUAAAGUCACCUGUCUGACAGAUUUCUUUAUUUUUAAAGGGGACAUGUGCUUUGAUGAGGGUUUAUUGCUAUUUGUGCAAUAUUUGUAGCAAUGUAAAGGACGGCGGAUCAGUCAUGUCUUGAGAGCCCAUUAAACGGGGGCAUUCAGAAACUGUAAGUUUAUGCUCAGAUAGUUAAGUUUAAGAAUGUGCCUUGGAUGAUAUUUAUUGUAAAAAUCAUUGGUUAUCAUAUCCAGAUGUUUAACAAAUAAAUGAUGAUGAUCAG